AUGGUUGCACAAAACUUGAUUCUCAUUGUUGGUGAUUAUGUUGAGGACUAUGAAGCUAUGGUUCCUUAUCAAGCCUUGACCAUGGUUGGUCACUCUGUUAGUGUCAUUUCUCCAGGAAAGAAGAAGGGUGAUAAGGUUGUCACUGCAAUUCAUGAUUUCUUACCUGGUGAACAAACUUACACUGAAUUGAAGGGACAUAAUUUUGCUAUUACUGCUGAUUUUGAUGAUGUUCUCUCAAAUUUGGAUAAUUUUGGAGGGUUGAUUCUUCCUGGAGGUAGAUGUUCUGAAUAUUUGAGAUUGCAUGAUAAUGUUUUGACAAUUGUCAAGCAUUUCCUUGAAAAGAAAAAGCCAAUUGCUGCCAUUUGUCAUGGACCUUUGAUUUUGACACCAUUCCCAGAACAUUUGAAGGGAAAGAGAAUUAGUGCCUAUUUUGCUUGUAAACAUGAUAUUCAAAAUACUGGUGCUGAAUAUGUUCAAUGUGGAGCUGAAGAUGCCGUAGUUAGUGAUAAUAUUGUCACUGGUGUUGCUUGGCCUGGACAUCCAAAGUGGUUGAGAGCAUUCUUGGAUUUGUUAGGUACUACCAUUACCUUAUAA